CCUCUUGAUAUUUUAUCCUUUUCUUUGUUCGCACUCUGUUUCUUUCUUUUUCCUCAACGGUCUUCCCUCGUACGUAUUCCCCCACUUCCCGCAGGAAUCGGGCAAUCACUCUCUCUCUCUCUCUCUCUCUCGUGUUCUUGCUCGCGCUUGUGCGGACGCUUGGUGAACGCCGUUGUAGCAUGCCUAAUGCGUAGGCCGCGCGAUAUUCCAAGUACACUUGGCUAUUUUCAUGCUACACCAGAAAGAUACCUAAGCUACGCACCAUUCUUGUAGGUGACAUGAACGGCCGAUCUCCGAGCACCGUAUAAAACUGAAAUUAUACCGAAUCAAUUGGAAUUCUUGGAAUUCUCCAUUUUGUAUUUCAGCCUACUAUGAAAUUCCAACGUUUCUUUCAAUGUUAACCUACUUUCCAUCGCCGUUUGAUUUUUUCUAUUUCUCACUUUUAUAAAAUUAUUACUAUUUGAAAGAGAAAUCGACACUAAGAAUAAUGCGAUAGUAAUGAUAUUUAAAAUUAUCAGAAAUUAACAUUUUCAUUCACCAUAUGGCGAUAGUGUCGAUUAACGAAUAAUUAAAGAAAAUCGUUAAAAGGGGAACAUAUUAAUGCAAAGUUAACAAUGAAGUAUGUUAAACAUUUUCGAAAUUCUUCACUGGAAACGUGUACAUAUAAACUGUUACCUUUCGGAUAGUAGGUAGUUAGCGUUGCCCGUGGGCAGAGCCUCGGGCAACGAUCGUCAGCCAUGAUGUCAGAAGCCGUUAAAAGGAGUGGUAGGCUGCUUACUUUCUUUCCUGCUCUUUCGACGUUCGAUUUCUUUCUAACUCGAGACGUUUGACAUUUGUAACACUGUAGUCUGCUAAAAGUCACACGUGGUCACUGGUUUCUCGUAGGAGCGUUGCUUUACCAUAUGGCAACUGCUCUUUCAGGUUAGGCGUCGAAAUAAUUGCCCCAUAGGGCAUCAGAUCGUGCAGACCUGUUGUACAAUAUAACUUCCUUAGGGAAAAUUUGUUGUACAAUAAAUUUUAUAAUAUUCAAUAAUUAAAAAUGACUUUUAAUAUCAAUAUCAUUCAAAUUGAGAUUUUGAAAAUUCUUCCUUCCCCUAUGUCGCCAUUUUUUCCCUAGGGAAGUCUUUUGAUCGCGCGUGUACAUGAAUUUUCUCCCGUUGUAUCGCAAAUUACACGACACCCAAUUUGUACAUCGUCAUGUAAUUGAUUACUAUGUAGAAAACUAAGAGUUUUCCUUAUCGUAAAUCUGAAGGACCCUGUUAGAUUCAUUGAGCGAUACCGUAAGAGGUUACGAUCUUGUAACAAGCUUAAAAGAGUUGAAUGCACUUUUUUCUUUUUUCCUUUUCGUCGAAACUGCUUAACGGUCGUGUAUAACUUUGACGGCUUCAACGGAUUGACACAAUUCUUCCCGUUUCUCUUAUAUUUCCGCUUUCCUAAAACGUGAACUUUUCAUCGGAAUGAGAUUUCAUAUUUCGUGAAAUUAUCGCACCAUCUAAAAGUAGGAGUUUAGAAAGGAAAAGAUAUUCGUUAAGGAUCAUAGAAAUAUUUGAAAAAAGUAUUACAAAGCUGUUUUACGAGUUUCCGCCUGUUUGCAUUGACGUUCCGCUUGAUAAAAUAUAAAUAAAAGAGAUUACUUAAAGGAGAAACUCAUUAACACGAUCUGAUACAUAUCUGGAAUUUUUACGACCAUUGAAUUUUCUGCAUGGCUACACUCUACAAGUGAAUUUAUUGCAAACACUGCAAUCAGUCUCAAAAGGGUUGUUCAACCAGUACAUUGGACAUUGUUAACGUAUUGCUAAUAACAGCUAUGGCUAUAUAAAGUUUUCAAAUGAUAAAAACUAAUCUGAGCGAUAGAAACUAUCAAUUAUUUAUGGAAUCAUGUGAAGAAAUAAAGGUCAACAGUGUUAAAGGAUUACUCCUGCAAGCUUCAAUUAUUAUUAAUUUAUAAAAUGGUUACCGCUUACGUCUUAAUAUUUUAUAUGGUUAACAAAUUUCUCUAAUAGUUUUAUUUGAGAUAUCAUGAAAUAUGAUACUACAGUAUGUAAAAGAAAUGCCAUUUUUAUUGACGAAAUCGCGAAACGAGGAACGUGCUUUAUUUUUAGCUACUGCUUUAUCUGUGGAGUAUCUUUAAUGUCCAGUGGUAAUCUACCAGCAUACUUGAGUGUCUUUAACCAUUGUGGAAAUUUCCUGGUAAAACCACUCUUCAUAAUCAUCGUUUAUAGUAUUUGCGUUUGCAGGAAACUGUUGAUGUUGGAAAGAUUCUUUAUUGUGUCAACUUUUAUAAUAUUACAAAGUACAUCAAUUAAAUUUAACCUACUAACUAAAUUUACAAAAUUAUAUAUAGAACAACGUAUAACCUAAAUUUCCCCUCGAUUAACAUGUUGGAAUCGAUUUGGAUAGAUCUACCCAUACCAGAGACCACGAUAAUCUUUAAGGAGAAAAUGUAUAGGAAUUUUUUCUUAAGUUCCCCUAGAAACCAGAAACAAAUAGUAGAAGGCUCUUCUCUCUAUUCUAACCCUUAACCAAAAAGGAAGCUCUCGUUGGACCGAGGUGUACAUGUCGGUCGAAACGUUGUACGGGAAUAAACUAUGAAACUCGUGAAUCACGAGAGCGGUGCAUUCUAACGCUGUACGGUAUAUAUAUAUAUAUAUAUAUGUUAUAUAGAAAAGCGUGGUCUGAGAGUGGUGGUAUAAUAGGUGUAGAGAGAGGAGAUCCGUGGCUCUCGAAAAACAACGGGGAAUUCCGUGGACACACACGGCCGUGAACGGCCUAGGGCAGAUAGACGGCGACGCACGGGGUGCGUGACCUAAUCACCCGUUCACCGCUCCAUCGAAGCGGCGCAACUCGGAACGACGCGAAUCUCCGUCGAGUUUACUGCUUCGGCUGCAGAAGUAGGGUUACCAGAGGAUAGUAGAGGGGAAAGAGCCGGGUAAACAGUCGGUAGGCGGUGCAAAGAGGGAAAGGUGGCUCCUCGGGGUUUCCUCGUGGUUGGCAAGGCGAGCUAAACCGAGUCAAGUCGAGUCUCUUGUCGUAUCUCCGGGGACGCAGCGGGGAGCUGGCGACCGUCUCCGUGUGAGCCACCACAUGGCGAAGACGCGUGCAGGAGACUCAUACUGUGGCGAUGACAGACCCACAGUUGGCGAAUAAUAAUAACAGCAGCAACAACAACAACAACAACAAUAAUAAUAACAAUAACAACAACAACAAUAACGAUGGCGAGCAAAAGUACCUGCAUAAAAAGUUCAAAAAGAUGGCGACAACCGAGGUCACGCCAAAGGUGGAGCCGAAGAAGGAUACCACGGUUACGAACGAUUCUUUGGAGCCACCUAAAAAGAAGGACACGACCAAGAACUUCCGAGACUCGCCUAAAGAUCCGAUCAAGAUCGAGGCGUCCCCGGAGUCCGUGGAUGGAGACCCCGCCGCGGAGUCGAGGAAAAGCGGCUACGUAUGCCCUUACUGCAGGCUACUCUGCGCAAAGCCAAGUGUCCUCCAGAAACACAUUAGGGCUCACACGAACGAGAGACCGUAUCCCUGUGUGCCGUGUGGUUUCGCCUUUAAAACAAAAUCGAAUCUCUAUAAACACUGCAGGUCUCGUGCUCAUGCCCUGAAGAUGGAGGGUGGUGAUGCCAGUAAGGUAUCAGAGGACUCGGACAUAAGCCUGUCCGAUAGCGCGAGCAACGGUACUGGCACACCACCGCCGCCACCCUCUUCGACGCCCACCUCCACCGUGUCCAGCAUGAAAACCAUUAAAACCGGGAAAAUCUACAAGCCAAAAUUUCACACGGCGCUUCAAUGCGUGAAUAACGAUAUCGAAACGUCUUCCCUAUCCUCCGUUUCUUCCACUAACAGUUCUUCCUCGACGACCGCAGUCGUCACGCCGAAACCGAAUCCGGAGCAAGUGCAAGAGCACAUCGAUAAAAUUAUAACCGAUAAUCAGGCUAUCGUCGACGCGGUAGAUCCGCGGCUUCACAAGUUGAUUCAGAGGCAGCAGAGUCUAGUGGAGAUGAAGGAGUCCGACCAACCGUUGAAUCUCUCCUCCGGCGAUGAAUUCUCCUCGAGGAAACGUUGCUACAGCGAGACGUUCACGGAGGACAGAGAUUGCCAGAACGGUUCCGAGGGUUCGAUAAUCAAGGACCUGUUGCUGAAGAAUCAGAAUUCGAGUCAGGAAGGUAGCGCCGAGAACGAGAAUUAUCUUUGUCCCGCUUGUAAUAUCCCUUAUUCCAGCAUCGAUAACCUGGACGCCCACCGUAGAUACUACUGUAAAGGUAGCCUAAGUCCUCGUAGGGAGUAUUCCUUGGAGAUAGACAAAAGAGAGUCCGAGUUCGAUUCAAAGUCUUCCGAUUAUUACAAUACCCUGCAACCUCUACCUUCGCCUGGACCACUUCUGGGGAACACCAGACUGGUGGACGCGUACACGCCACCCGUGAAGAAACAGAGACCCGAGUCCGUGCCCACUACGUUAAGGUCCCUAGAGGAGCUCAGCAAGUAUCCACGGCCGAAUUCGUUGCAGAUGUUCGGCGGAGAGGUGAGGAUACUGGACAACACAGGUGAAACGAAAACUAUGAGGAUCGAACCGCGACAGACCAAGUCACCGACGAGCGAGCACAUCGUGAACAAUAAGUGCGUCACCUCGGAGACCGCUUCUAUCGUAGUCAGAUCCGGUCUUCAUUCGGGUGGCACCAUGGUGCACAAACCGCCUGGCACUCCAUCCAGUACGCCCAGUUCCUCCAUAUCUUUGCCGAACACGCCAAAGAUGUUGGCGCCGAUCAUACCGAACAUAUCAACCCCGAACAUAGCGCCCAGCAUGUCCUGUUACAAUUACAUGGAGCCUCAUCUGAAUCCCUUGACCAGUAUCACUGCCUACAAUCCGUUGACUCUGCCCCAGCCAGGUAUCACGAGCAUACUUCACGGAGAUAAAGUCAUACCUUACGUUCCUGGCAUGCCUGGACCGCACACUCUGCAACCGACCAUAGACAUAUCCCCGAGCAUAGCGACGGGCGAAGCCGGAUACAAAGUGAUACCAGGUCUGCCUGGCCUCCACAUGAUACCUCAACCCUUAGAUCUAGCCAGUCCGGUGAAGAUCCAAACACCGAGCGUACCCGGAAUCCCAGGACCGAUGUCAACCGCGCACGUGUCGAUGAUGGGCCAACCUCUGGACCUUGCAAGUCCGGCGAAGGACUCGAAGCUCAACUUCAAGACACCCGGCAACGAUGCUUCGAAGGCUGGACUGACCAGCCCGAAAGUUCCUAGCGUUAAGGUAGAAACUUCGGAGAAAUACCGAAGAGGAGUACCGUCUGUUGUGGAGGUUACGAAGAUAGAGCUCGAUCGUCAUAUCAAGAACAGCAUGGCUAUCAAGUACAAGGGUAUGGAGGGUCUUAGAGACAGGCGGGAAUUCUCGUACGACAGAAGUCCGAAAGUAGAGAAAACUUUCGGUUAUUCGAACGGCGUCGACUCGGCGGUCGCUUCCUCGGUUUCCUACAGUAAACUUCGAUGUUCGCCAAAGGAGUCAUCCGAGAGUAGAAAGAGAUUGUUGUCGUGGAACGACGUAGAAACUGGCAGGGUGUUGGUGGAUCCUCUGGGACACAAUACGGUUACGAAAUACGAUUCCCCUACGAGCCUGGAGAACGGACGUUUGAAGGCGAGUCUGAACGAGACCAGAGGCAAGCAGGCCGAGUAUUACGGUUUCAACGGAGUUAAAGCUAAGACCGAUCCUGUGUCGCCGAUGGUGCUCGUCAACGUAGAUAAUACCUCGAAAACAGAUGUGCCAAACAGAGCUUCCGUAGAUUUAAUUAACAAACCCGAGGCAAGGUCGCCGAAGAACGGCGACGUUACGAUGGAGGAGACCAAUUCGAGCAAGUUCUUAAGACCCACCUCGUUGCCGUUGAAGCCGGGUACUUUCACCCCGAAGAAGCAUCACGGUAUCACGCCGACGGCGAACACGCUUCCUUUGAUCAGCCCGGAAACCCCUCGGCCGAAGAAAUCGUACGGGCAACUCUACUUGAACGGGCACGCUUACACGUAUCUGGGAUUGAAAUGUUCGACCAGAGUGUUUUAUUGCACUCUGAACAGACCGCAGCCGAUGUACGUCACCCAGCAACACGGUUUAUCGAUGUAUUCGAAUUGGAAGAUAUGCGAGGAAGCACCACCGGACGUCGAUAUGGCGCAUUACGACUCGAGGCACAGAUCCUUUAAUUACACCACCGCUUGGAAAAAACAGGAGGAUAUUUUGACGCAUUCAUCUCAAAGACCCACCACUCCGACGAGUCCGGAUAGCGGUCUCGACGGUGAUAUGCAAGAGAAAGCGAAGAGAGUCAAGAUAUUCGAUGGAGGAUUUGAGAGUAAUGAAGAUUACACGUAUGUCAGGGGCAGAGGUCGAGGUCGGUACGUUUGCGAGGAAUGUGGUAUUCGUUGUAAAAAGCCAUCAAUGUUGAAGAAACAUAUCAGAACGCACACAGAUGUAAGGCCGUACACGUGCAAGCACUGCGCUUUUGGUUUCAAAACCAAGGGCAACCUCACGAAGCACAUGAAGUCGAAGGCUCAUUACAAGAAAUGCGUCGAGCUGGGGGUCGUUCCCGUACCAACGAUAGUUUGCGACGAAAAUAUCGAUAAGGAAGCGAUUGCCCGUUUGGCAGCCGGUGGUAACACCGAGGAAUCCUCGGACGAAGAGGAUGAGAGCGAGGGGGAGGAGAGCGAGGAGUCUGGUAGCGAGGAACAGGAAGUGGCACAAAGUUUGCUAAGUUUAUCGCAACGUAAUGCGAACAGAUUGCCAGGACUUUUGCCAUCGGGAAGGCCAACUACUUACCCUUACACCCUCACGUUUUCCACGAUCUCGGCAUCGGUGAGCGUGUCUGUGACCGUAACCAGCGCGCCCAUAAGUAGCCAAACGAUCGCCAGCACCCAAGAGACUACCGUCGUUCGAAACGAAUUGUCCCAUCGUUAUUAUUUCCCUUCGAAUCGUACCGCACCGGAGGAAUUAAGGACGACCGUGAUUCAAUCGUCGAAGAAGGAAUGUCCUGAUAUAGAGAUAAACAAAAGCGAACAAGACUCGCGAAACACUUCUUCCCAGCCCAUGGAUCUUACAACGAAAGCCGCUGUACAAUCAUUACCCGUUCCUGUACUGCAAAGAGCUAGACCAACGGACAUUUUAACCCCAGUCUCGGAACCGGUAUUGCUGCAAACGAUCGUUCAAACGAUGGAAAGGUUACCGAUACAAGGGAGAGAAUGGAAACCGGACGCCGAAGGGCACGUGUUGCCGGCUUACCUGAAGGAAAUAACAUUCGCCGAAAGAAGCGAAUCUAACAAAUGUAGUUACAGUGUGACUGAAGAUGGGAAAAGUGUAUGCGCUAUUUGUAACAAGGUGUUCAGCAAACCUAGUCAGUUACGGUUGCAUAUCAAUAUUCAUUACUUCGAGAGACCAUUUAGGUGCGAGAGUUGCGCGGUAUCUUUUCGGACCAAGGGUCAUUUGACAAAACACGAGAGAUCUGUUUCACAUCACAAUAAGGUCAGUAUGACUUCCACGUUCGGGGCUGCGACUACCAGCAAUCCAAGACCAUUCAAAUGUACCGACUGUAAAAUAGCAUUCAGGAUACACGGUCACUUGGCGAAACAUCUUCGUAGCAAAAUGCAUAUUAUGAAAUUAGAAUGUUUAGGUAAAUUGCCAUUCGGGACAUACGCUGAAAUGGAAAGGUCUGGUGUCAACUUGAAUGACAUCGAUACGACCGACUGUGAUAAUAGUCUUACUAGUCUUCAGAUGUUGGCUCAAAGACUUUGCGAGAAAGAUCCUAGUAAAGUAGGACAAUGGGAAUCCGAGACAAUUCCAAGUCAAGUGAUCAGCGGAGGUGAAACUUCCUCAAACGAUGGUGAACCUAUACCACCAUGAAAGUGACCACAGACUUGGAUAUGUUUCGAUCAUAUCAUGUGCCAAUCACCAACGAAGAUCCAAAGUUCGAUCAGUUUAAUUAAAAAGAGCGCGAGUACAGUGUGAAUUAGAUGCCAAAUCAAGCUUUACAUCUUCCAUAGAUUAUACAAGGCUGGAUGAGGUGUUAUACAAGUGCCAAGUCUGCACGAUUUCUAAUGCGUACUAUAUAAACAACAUAGAAAUUUUAUUGAACAUAAUAUCGAAUUGGAUUUUUAGUACAAAUACACACAGGGAUGUGAACAAGUGUAGAGAAAAAAGAGAAUACUCAGAAAAAAAAAGUACAGAAAUAUCUAUUAGCCAAAAGAAAAAAAGACCACGAUAAGUCAAAGACAGGUAGUGCCAAAAUAAUACAGUGGACUAGAAUGAAAAAUCAACGGUAAAAUUGAUUGAAUUCGUUGUCGUAUCGAUGAAAUAGUUGUAAACAGGAAGUAUAUGAUACCACCAUCUUUCGAAGGAAAUUUUUAAAGGAACGUAAUCAUUCAUUUUACUAUGUUUGUUAUUCAAAUUAUAAAGACCUUUUUCCAAGAUGCCAAAAGGUACAAUUUCUACAUUAUGGUAAUGUACAGUGAAUAUUAUUAUCGAGGAAAAUUUAUAUAAUGGAAAUCUGAUUUAUUUAAUAUUUAUUUUACCAGCCAAAGUGCAUAAAGAGUGCAUGCGUCUGAAGUGAUGCAUAUUAGUAGAAUAUAAAUGACUUCAUUGUAACGUAAUUCUACUACUUUAGCACACAAAUUUCUUUUGUAUAUAAAAAUUGUAAAAUCGAAUCAUGCAGAAAGUAACAUUUAACAUUGAAAAUUAUUUUCUUGAUCAUUAGUAAUCAGCACAAACCGCCCACUCAGGCGAGCUUCCUUUUCUUGUAGAGACUCAUAGUCCUCCUCUGUUUCCUUCUCACCAUUCAUUGGUGCUAAACUUCCUUCAGGAAUUAAGUACCCUGUCUUUUUCAGGGUUUCUAGAAUCUUUAGUCUUCUAUUAUUUCUUGCCUCUUUGUGCUGAGGUCAGUAAAGGUUUUUUUAUUCAUCUUCCGGCCUUUUUGCUCCCUGUACACCAUGAAAGAUGGCGACUUGCAUAGAUGUAAUUCAUGUUGCUAAAGCUUGCUUAUCAUUGUAAAUACAUCGUUAUAAAUUUUGUCCCUUUUUUGAAAUGCCAUUUAGAUUGUUAUAAUUUGCAAGAUAACACUCUUUUCAUUAUUGUUUACGUCUUGGAAGAAAUGAAUUUAUAUGUACAUAUGUAUUUGAUAUCACCUCCAUCUUCAAUAUUUAUGCAGUAAUAUAGGUAUUAUUCAUGAUCAUUGAACUAACAAUUAUUUCAAAUCAUACUUCGAGGCGGUAUGACCCUUAAAUUUCUUGAAAAAAAUGUUUUAGAUUAUUGAAUUUUUUAAUUUCACGUUUUAUGAAUCAAGGAAUAGAAAAAUUGUACAUAGCAUUAAUUUUUCAUAAUUUUAUUGCUCGUAUAACAUCACUUAGCACUUCAGACUGAAAGUUUAAUUAUUUAUUGUAUGAAUUAAAUUUAAUCAAUUUAUUAAGAAAAUAGUAAUUUAUUGUCAAGAGUUUAUUUUUUUUUUGUCUUGUACUUCCAGACCGAAUCGCAAGUUGUAAGGUUUUGUCUUGAAGCUAGUUUAUUUAAAUUUUCCUUCGAAAAGUGGUGGAAAGUGACUUGUAAUGACAUAGUUUUCGCAACUAGUAAAAAGUAUAAUAUUUAUACACAGUAGUGUUAUAUCAGCAUAAGGUGCAAUGGACUGGCAUGUGAUUCUGUAUUUAAAAUGCAACUUUUGCGUUCAAUGUUGAAGAGUAUUCUAAUAUUAAAAAUUAAUAUUGUAUCUUAAUUAUUGAUACAUGAAUGUGUAUGUGUAUAUGUACAUACAUAUGCAUACACACAUCAUGCAUACAUAUAUGUAUAUAUAUUUGUAUGAUAUUAGUACGAACAGUUAUCAGAAUUAUUGUUGACAUAAGAGAUGAAGUGUUUGUAUAUAUUUAUGUAUGAUAUCAUGAAAUCCUGUUAGUCUUUAUUAUAAUUUUAAGAAAUUCAUCAUUGGAAAUAGAAUCGGUUAUACGGAUUGAUAAAUUAAGCUUGGUAUGCCACUCUUAUAAAGCUCAUUUACUCUUUUUUUUUUUGUUGAUUUGUGUAGAGGUAAUAUAUACGUUUGAUCUUAAAAAAGAAAAAAAAAACAGAGUUAGGUAUACUGCAUCAAUUUUCUUAAAAAAUUGAGACAUCCUGUAUACAUAAACAUAUUUUUCAUUACAGCUUUAGAUAUACAUCGAAUAUUUUAUAACAAAAUAUAUUGAAAUUUACUAAAAUAAUACAUUAAGGGAAAGAAAAUACAUCAUAAAAUCUUGUAUGCAUCUUAAAUAUUUAGAAUUACAAACUGAGAAAUGAACGUGUCUUAUACUUUGUUCAUUCAUUAGAUUUAAAUGGAAAUUCCUAACUCUGUUUAAAGACUGGUAUCAAACACAAUAUUUUUUUAGUAAAUUUAAUUGAAAUUAAUUAGUACGAAUUAAUGAUUAACAUUAACAAACUAGGUAACCGAUAACCGAUUGUCUGAUUUUGCUUAAACUAUUUAAGAAGCAACAUACCUUCCACAAGCGACAGCUACUGUAUUUUAUAAUUAUCUAUUUAAUAUACAGCGUCCAAUUUUUAACAUCUUACUCAAGCACGACUCGUCUUUCCUACUGCAUAAUCAGAUUUCGAUUAUCACAAUUUGUACCUAAGUGUGCUUGAGAUAAAAUAGUAGACAAAUAGAAUGAUUGCACAAUCAUAUACAUUGAGGUCCAGUUGAAGUGAUUGUCGCCAAACAAUAUCAACGUAGCAUAGUUUAAUAUAGCAUUUGGUGUAUAUCCAUUCUAAUGCAGUCCGAUUAUAAAAUAACGUGUAUGGAUUUCCAAAACGUUCAGGUGUGUCUGUUCACAAUGCCAAGCCAACAAUACUUAUAUUUUGGAAGAAAUAAUAUGGCAUACAAAAAAAUAACUGUUUCAUUGAAACUAAUCUCUGAUAAUGAAUAUUAAAGAAUUCAUGAAGAUAAAAUACAUAUUUUGAAAUGUAUCUAAAGCCAAAUUUCGUACAAUGUAAUACUUAUCUUCUGGCUAUGUCAUACAUGAUUAACUAAGAUAGUUCUUUCAGAAUAUGAUUAUCAAUAUAUUUUCGAAACUAUUGUCCUUUGUAAGAGUAUUUCAUAUUUUAAAGAGCAUAAAUAACAAAACAUCAUUUACAUAUCAGAUUGAUUGAUUUAGAUCUAGGCGAUCACAAGUGUCCAUACUUCUAUCAUUUAUAUCCUACAGUAUAACAAACAAUUCAAUAUAAGAUACAUUUAUAUUUUUAUUAAA